AAUUCGCGGAUAACGAAGGUAACCUGGAAUAUUAUAUGCGUGCCAAUUCAGUUCUCACAGGCUUUUCUGAAGAUUUCUCUAGGGACUCUGACACGUUUACUCAACGUAGAUUUUCUGUAUCUUACCUGUCAGCAGACUGGGGUUACCGUCAUUUUUCCUGCCUUACUGCUGAAAGCACACACUCCAAAAAGUCCUUAAAAGAUGGAAGACUCUUCACUGGCUCACAUGAGAAAGAAUCUGAGUGAAGCCAUGAAAAUCCUUGGAGAUGGACAGAGAGACCACAAAGCAACAACAGAGAGGCAGCACCCAGGCAGAACAAGCAUCCCUGGGCCCCUGCAAGGAGAUGGACAGGAUACUGCCACAAUACUGCAAUUACUGGACAACCUCAUUCAUGAAGAGGAAGAAAAUGAGGACAAGCUCUUCCACCAUAGGAUGCCUAAUGUGGGUGAACAAGGUUACAUGGCCUUGCUAGGUCACAGCCUUGCAGCCUUUAUCUCAGUGUUGGACAUAGUGCGUCUGCGAAAGCUGACAACCAGGAUCCUAUCUGACACCACAUUGUGGCUCUGCAAACUGUUCAGGUAUGAAAACGGUUCAGCAUACUUUCAUGAGGAUGACAGGGAUGGCCUAGUUAAAGUGUGUCGACUGGUCAUAAAUGCACGUUAUGAAGAAUAUCCCUCUGAGGGCUAUGCAGUCCUCAGUUACAAACAGCCAGUCAUCUAUCAGAGUGCCUCUGGUAGGCCUGGACUGGGACAACAUCUAUGCAGCCAGCUUGGGCUCCCACUCUCUAGUCUGUGCACUGUCCCAUGCAACACCGUCUUUGGAUCCCAACACCAAAUGGACAUUGCUCUGUUGGACAAACUUAUCAGAGAAGACAUAGAAGCUGGAAAAAUUCCAUUGUUGUUGAUCGCCAAUGCAGGAACUCCUUGGACAGGACAUACAGACAAAUUGGGUCGUCUCAGGAAUCUUUGUGACCAGUACAACAUUUGGCUUCAUGCUGAGGGAGUCAACCUGGCAACCCUGGCACUUGGUCAGGUCACCUCAGCUGUCAUGGCAGCCAACAAAAGUGACAGCAUGACACUGACACCGGGUCAUUGGCUGGGACUGCCCUCUACACCAGCUGUCACCCUUUAUAGACAGGAAGACCCAGCACUGUCUCUGGCAGCAGGUUUGACCUCCAGCCUGCCAGCGGUGAAGCUUCGAGCACUACCUCUCUGGCUGUCCUUGCAGUAUCUUGGGAAUAAUGGAAUCAUCCAAAGGAUCAGACAUGCUACUGAGCUGAACCGUCAGCUCAUACAGAAGCUCGAAAGUCUGGCCUCCAUCCAAACAUUGAUGGAGGAUGAACUGAGCUCUCCCGUGGUUCUUUUCAAGUUUUCACAGGAAUCAACUUCAACAUCCAAUGGGCAUUCAGUGGAAGGUUUCAGCACUUCAGAGAAAGAGUUGCUUGAUUCUUUCAACAGAUGGCUUGGUGAACAGCUGCUCCAGCAGGUUCCCCUCAGUGGUGUAGAUGUUGUGGAGCUUGGAGACGGGGGUACAUACGUGAGCUUUAGUCCCCUCCAGACUGCUGCAGUACUGGGGACUCAGCAGGAGGACGUUGAAAGCCUGGUGGCAAAGCUGUCUGAGCUGCUGCCAUUGAUAAGUUCUACAAUAUCCCUCAGAGAAGACUUCAGAGAGGAAAUCCAACGACACUCACCAAUGCUCAAGUACAUUGAAGAUCUCACUUGGCCUGGCCUGGGUGCUGUCCGGUAUGAGCCUCAGAUUGAAGGAGUGGACGAAAGCAAGGAAAAGCAGGAGAUGGAGAAAAUAAAUACUGAGCUGCUGAAGAAACUACAAGACCUUGACACUGACAUUGUUUUCUCAACUGGGCCAGAGUUCAGAAAAGAGAAUUUCUGUGUCUUUAUUGGCAUGGUCACUGAUGACAUCAAUCUUGAAGAGCUGGUGGAUAUAAUUGCUGCCAUGGGGAGGGACAUCGAGGACAGUGGAAGGCUGUUGGAGAACAUGACAGAGGUGGUGAGGAAAGGCAUCCUAGAGGCAGAGCUGCAGCUGCAGAAGGCUAAUGAGGAGAAACUCAUGGAAGAGGGAAUGAUAAGGCAGCUUCCUUUGGUUGGCUCUGUGUUAAACUGGUUUGCUCCAGUUGAAAGUUCCAUAAAGGGAAGGACCUUCAAUCUGGCUGCAGGUUUCUUGGCCUCUACAGAGGAGACAUACUCCACCAAGGUCCAGGCAGGCAGGCCACCCCUGCAAGACACUAGCACCUCCUCAUCAAAGAAACUUCCAGGUCAGAGGUUAUUUCGGCGUUCAGAGGCAAGCUCUGACUCCUUUGGUGAAGCAAACUCCACUGAAGAAGUUGAGGAGACAAAAAAGGAUGGUGUUGCUGCUUCAAGCUUAAUAAUGAAUGAACACUUUUCUCAACCUGCACCUGAGGAGGACGCAAGUACUUCAAGUGAUGAUGCACCACAGUAUUCUGUGCAAAUGCAACCACAGAUAGAGACUGAUGUGGUCUCUGAGAAGCAGCAGCUUGAAAGCCAAAAGAUGGAUCAGAGUGGGAUAUAGGAUAGAGUAGGUCCCAUAGCUCUCCUCUAAUGGCACAUAUCUAAAUCUAUUUAUGCUGAAUCUAAGUCUUCCACUUUUUAAUUUCUAACAAAGCUACAUAAGGCAUGAUUGGGAUUGCUUCUGUCCCACUGUGUCAAAAAGAUGAUAAAUCCGAAGAUGGAUGGAUUAAUUCCAAUCAGGGCUACUUUGAUCUAGUGAUGUUUAGCAAUUUUCUGGGGCCAUCCUGCAAAGAUAUUCAUGGGCCAUUUGUUUUAUUCUAAAUCAUAUACUAUACAUGUUAUUGAAAUGAGCGGUUUGUUGGUGGAACUGCAUUGUGGUCUGAUUAUUAUAUAUGAUUUUUGUCUAAGAUUUACGGAUGUUCUGCUGUCCUUCUUUGUAGCUGCACAGAAUUUUAUGAUAAAUCAUGUUAAAACUGAUUGUCUAUGCAUUCACAAGGUUGCACAAAUCACCUUACACCUGUGAAAAGAUUUUUUUUGGAGAUAGACUCUGAGUUUGCGUGAAUUUGACAAUGAUAUCUUGGUGGAUAACUUGUUAGCAAGCAGAAGAUAGGUUUAUUGCACUAAGCAUUUAUUUAAGCUUUACAGAAAAAUUUGAUCAUUUCAGGAUCAGACUUACCACUGCAGACUUAAUAUAUUUAGUUGCAAACCUCAACUGAAAAAGUUAAGGCCUCAUUGUAAAUAUUCUUCCCUUCUGAUUAAAAUCUAGCCCACUGAACACAAUUGUUAAAGGCAAACUAAUAUUAGUGGUCAUAUGCUUAUAAGGCUCAAAAACUCCCUUUGUGUGUGCACUGUCAAACAGUUACUGCAGAAGUAAGAAAAGCAUGCAUAAAACGUCAGAGUCAAAAUAUACAAAAUUACGUAACACCCCCACUACAACCCCAUUUACACACAAAAAAGCAAUCUUAAGGUCAGAACAUAUAGAAGUUUUGAUCUUUGAAAUUAAGUUGUAAUUCCACAAGUGAAAGCUAUUUUGAAGUCAUUAUGAUCUAAAGUUCAAGGUUCAUGAAGACUGCAUGGUAUUAAAAAGUUUGUCCUAUUAGCAAACUAAAUUCCACAAACAAAACAGCAAUAUACACUUAAUAUGGUCAAAACUGCAAUAUAUUUACAUAAUUAAGUAAGAAUGAAAAAACUGUGCAUUGUUCAUAUGGCCCUAAAUGAUAUCACUCCUUUCCUCAAAAUUAGAACUAUUUAUGGACAUCCUGGGAUUCCACAUAGUUGUUGGUGUGGAUUUGAAUGCAGUUUGAGACAAAACAUGAAUAGGUAACAUGAAUAGCAGGUAGUUCAUUAGAAAAAUUAAUCCCAUAUCAGUGGGCAGCUAACACCGGUUAAGUGGAUAUUUGGUAGCUAUAUUUGCAUCUAAAGACCUUUCUCAGAAUGUAUGCCCAUUACCUGGUCUGACCAAACUCAUUUUAUUGUUCCUCUAUUACAAGGGCCAAUUCUGCGAAGCUUGAUGCUCUUGGACACAGGUAUGCUGCCCUUGACAUUACUUUACAAUGUAAAGAUAGUGAUCAGAUUUCAUUCAGAAAGAAUGAUUUUUUUUAACUCUGCUAGACCUAUCUGGCCUUGAGGCUGCAGACAAAUGAACAUUUCGCAGAUACUUUCAGUGUCAAAUCUGGAGAUGGAACAGUUCAGAGUGGCUCCUAAAAGUAAAUUAGCCUUUUGCCUCUUUUUUGAAGACUUGUACAAAUCAGAGCUUCACUCUGACUAAUCUACAUGUGAUGGCUUUUUGAAUAAAAUUAGUAUAGCACAUGAUUCCGAAUUUCAGCAACUUCAUACUCUUCUUACUCCUCAAAAACUGAGAUGGCUGUAAAAACCAUGCACAAGGUCAAAUUCCAAGUCACAGAUGGCAUUCCGCCUGAAUUUUAUGUAACCUUUUGGUCCUUACCUGGUCCAGUACUUGUUGCUUUCUUUUCUUUCUCAAGAGAGGUUAGAACCGCACUUUACGUAGCUCAGCAAUUGCAGGUCUUUUUAACCAACUUGUACAUAGUGAUCAGACUGGAUUCAUAAAAUCUAGAUUGGCCCCAGACAGUGUAAGGAUGUUGUUGCAUGUUAUAGAUGACAAGCAAAAUCUUAGUAGCUAACAGCAGUUCUCUCACUAGUUAAUAUGAAGGCCUGAAGUGGCUUCUUUUAUUAUCUGGAGGAGAGCUUAGUGAGCCCUCAUUUACUUCCUGAUUUGCUUCAUUAAAAUAUUUCCAUUUGUCACUGCCACAUUAACUGUGGUCCUAUUAUUUUACAAAUGCAGCAAAAAGCUCUCUCUGUGGUUGUCCAUCUGUAUGGAAUCCUGAUUACCAAUUAUUUAAUAACACUACACUUUCAGUAGAAGGCCAGUCUAUUCAGUACCCACCAUGGAAAGAAAAAGAUACACUUCCUUUUAGGACUUAUCCUCACAAUGAAAUCUACCCUGUUCUUUAUGUUUUUUUACUUGUAGCUGAGAUCAGCUCUAAAGGUUCUCAUUACAGUGUCCUCUGUGGACUUACAAUGAGUUUCUGGGGGAUGUUGCCUCCAGUCUGUCAAAGACAUUUGGACUAAUUUAACCAGUUACACUUAAUGAAAAUGCUGUUUCUAACAUAGGCUAGGCAAUAAAAAAGAGGGCUAUUACAGGGUCUUACAGCAGCAGUUACUGGAAGCUCCCACUAUAGCUUUCUUUACAAGUAUGGCCAUUUAUAUACUAAGACAAAGUUUAUCUAGAACUAGCUAUAGCUCCCGCUGUACAUGGUGCCAAAACUUGAUGGAAUAUAAUGACAAAAUAAUUGAGAAAUGGCUAUUGCUUUCAGCACAACUCAAAAGCUUUUGAGCCAUUGACAGUACCCUGGAAUGGGGAUUUGGGUGGGUGGGUUUAAUAGUUGUUUCUUAUUUUCUUUCUUUUUGAAGUAUUAUUUUGGAUUAUUUUUUUUUUCUUUCUUUAUAUUUUCUAUGCUAGUGGGAUAUUAAUGUUCUAAUUUUGAACUGACUCUUAGUCUGACAGAGUUGUGUUGAUAAAUGUUCCUGUUCUUUUUUUUUUUUUUUUUUUGUAAAACUGUGUUGUCAAUAAAGCAAAACAUUUGAUCACAAAAAAUAGAACUAUUUCUAUUAGCAAAUGGCUCCUUAAUUUUCUUUACAAUACAUUGCCAAAAUAAGCCAUAAAACAAUUAAAGCUGUAGCCAUAACUCUUUGUCUUUACUCCCUUUACUUUUGCAGCUAGAGUUAGUAAUGUGUUUUUUAUUCGUUGUUGUUUGAUUAUUUGUUUGCUUGUGUGGGAUUUUUCUGUUUGUUUGUCCCUCUUUCUGUAGCACUGUUGUCAUGUUAUAGAAAAUUUUUACGUUGCAGUUAUAACUGCUCAAUGAAUCUUUCUUUCCUUUGUCAGAAAAUCUUACGCUAAACCUAGAUGAAGAACUCACUAAAUUGAAAUUACAUUUCCAAAUGCCAUAUAGAGGGACCAAAUUAAUAGCAUUGUUUGUUUGAGCUGUGCCUUGUAUUUUGAUUGUUUUGAUUCAAAAAUGCUUGAAUAUUUGCCUGUCCACCACAAAUAACACCAAAGACUUUAGCCAUUUUUAAAAAUUGCCCUCAAAACUAAUAUUGUAAAGUUUGACAAAGGUUAUUAUCAACUAUUCCAUACAGUGCAACAUACAUACAGACCUUUCAUUUAGCUGAAACAACACCUUACCUUGAGGGAAUGGGCCUUAAUUACUCACAGAAUUGGCACAGAUAUGCCAAAAUGUCAAAACUCAACAUCAGAACUGGAAAAAAAAAAUGCACAGAGCAUACAUUUCUCCAUUUGUUCACCUAGUUAAUGGACUGGUAAUGAACUUUGUGAUACCUCUUAAAUGUGGAUAAAAAAAUAAGACCUAUAAGUUGAUAAAGAUCUUAGCAUUACAAUGUUUCUAAGGUUGUUGAAAUAAUUCAUUUUUAUGAUUCUUCUUGAUUCUUUCUGAUAUUUGAUACAACAAUAAAUAAAUAAAUACAAUACUACGACCAGUUUGACAAAGAAUGUUUGAUUUAAUAAA